AUGACGGGCUUCAUCUAUACUGUAAGCAAAGAGAGGUUUGGCUUGGCUGAGAAGAAACCAGAGAAGCCAGCCCCAAUCAUCAGCAGAAGACAGAGGCUAAUCAAACAGACCAGAAAGGAGCUUACAAGUGUAAAGAGGCAGUAUAGAAAAGCCAAGGUAGAAGAGAAAGUAGGACUCCAACAGUUACGAAGCACUUUACGAGAGAAACUGAGCACUCUCAACAAGGCUGAGCAAACAAGACAGAGGAAAAGGAAGAGGGAGAGACAGAGAGCUAGAUUCAUCCAGAAUCCAUACCAGUUCUCCAAAGACAUCCUUGACAACGAACGAUCAGGCACAGUAGAGAGCAGUAUGGAGGACAUAGAACAGCACUUACGCAAUGUCCACAGUGAUCCUUCACGGGAGGUUCCACUGGGUGACUGUUCAAGGCUAGAACCAGAAGACCCACCAGAAACUCCUUUGGACACAAAGGAGCCAUCAUUGUCUGAGGUACAGCACGUGGUGAAGAAAGCGAGGACAGGCUCAGCCCCAAGCCCGAAUGACAUUCCUUAUCGUGUCUAUAAGAUGUGCCCAGGCAUACUUCGGAAAAUAUGGACCCUACUUAGAGUUAUUUGGAGAGAGGGCAAAAUCCCGGAUUGCUGGAAGAGAGCGGAGGGAAUAUUCGCCCCAAAGGAGAAGGACUCGAAGGAUAUUGGUCAGUUCCAGACCAUUUCUCUGCUCAACGUAGAGGGGAAGAUAUUCUUUGCAGUCCUAGCCAAGCGACUGACAACGUUCUUUACUGACAACAACUACGUUGAUACGUCAAUUCAGGAGGGUGAAGUUCCCGGAUUUUCAGGAUGCGUCGAGCAUACCAGUGUUCUCAGCCAAGUGAUCCGGGAAGCACGAGUGAAUGGGAUUUGA